GCCACGUCACCAACAAUGCCACAUCAGAAGUGCCACGUCAGCAGUGCCCCGCCACCAUGACGGUUUCAGUUUUGGGCAUGCCAGGCCAACUGGCCAACGAGUCCAUUGUCAAGUACCGACAGCGGUUCCAAGCUCAGCUCGCACUGAUCGAAGCUGAGGAACAGCGCCAGGCGGCAGCCGAGGCUGCCCGCCUACAGGCUGAAGCGGAGGCAGCAGCUGAAAAGCAGCGGCUUCAGGCCGCAGAUGACCCAGAUGCCCAGGCCCGCCGCAAGGAGGCCCAGGGUCUGCUGCAGCGGCACGAAGCCGCCAGCGUCGACAGGCUCAAGUUCUGGCAUUUUGAACCAUCCGAGGGCCACGAUGACGCGACACCAGAAGAGCAGCACAACGAGUUUCUCUCCAAACUCCUGACCCGGUUGGUUUACACUUGUAACCACCUGCAGUCCGAGCUAGAGAAACAGCACCAGGAACUGGCAAAUCUCCAGCGGGCAGUGUCGAACCACAAGGAUCUGCACGAGGGUGCUACACGGGCACUUCAUACCCGUGUACAGGACUUGGAGCAAGCAGCACCAGGACCAAAUGCUCGCGAACCCAACAAUGCAGCCUCAACCCGCCAGUUGGAGCAACGAGUUGAUCAUAUUCUUGCAAUGCUCGGCGACAUCAGCACCUUCGCCGCACGGACCUCCAUCAGCGAGCAGCUCAACGCCUUGAAGAACGAGGUUCGGCAAUUGCGCCAGCCGCCCGACAACGAUGGCAGCACCAACGCAUCGCGGCAGUACAAGAUGCCGAAGUUCCGGAUCGAAAAGUUUGAUGACUAUACGCAUCAAGACCUGGACCCCUGGUGGCAGGGCUUUACGACGGAGCUUCGGAUUCAUGAGGUCCCCGCUCACUUGUACAUCUCGGUGUUGUUCCUCGACGCCAAGGGCGGAUGCCAGAUUUGGGUCAGCCACAUGGCAACCAUCCACGGCGUCCAGGUCACCGACUUGCACAAAAAGAUCUUUUGGGGAGAUCUGACGAAGGAAUGAAAGAAGCGUUUCAUUGUGAACGA